AUGGGUAUUAAAGGUCUUUCUCAGGUCAUCUCCGACCAUGCACCUCAAGCAAUCAAGCAAUCAGAGAUCAAGGCCUACUUUGGCAGAAAAGUCGCAAUCGACGCGUCUAUGAGUAUCUACCAGUUUCUUAUCGCUGUGCGACAACAAGAUGGUCAGCAAUUGAUGAGCGAUUCUGGAGAGACCACAAGUCAUCUCAUGGGUAUGUUCUACCGAACCCUCCGCAUGGUGGACAACGGUAUCAAACCUGCCUACGUCUUCGACGGAAAGCCACCAACCCUCAAAUCCGGUGAACUCGCAAAGCGUUUCGCAAAGCGUGAGGAAGCAACAAAGGGUCUGGAAGAAGCCAAGGAGACUGGUACGGCUGAGGAUCUGGACAAGUUCUCGAGGAGAACAGUCAAGGUUACCAAGCAGCAUAACGAGGAAUGUAAGAAGUUACUGAAGUUGAUGGGUAUUCCGUAUGUGGAUGCGCCUUGUGAGGCUGAGGCUCAGUGUGCUGCGUUGGCUGAAGCAGGGAAGGUGUUUGCUGCGGCUUCGGAGGAUAUGGACACUAUGUGCUUCCGUGCACCGUCACUUCUUCGUCACCUUACCUUUUCAGAGCAGCGCAAGAUGCCUAUCGUUGAGAUGAAUCUUGCAAAGGCUUUGGAAGGCCUUGAGAUGCCGAUGGAGCAGUUUGUGGACAUGUGUAUUCUUUUGGGAUGCGAUUACUGUGAUCCUAUCAAGGGUGUCGGGCCUGGAACCGCAUUGAAGUUGAUCCGGGAGCAUAAGAGUUUGGACGCUAUCGUGGAGAAGCUGCAAGCUGAGGGAGGAAAGAAGUACCAAAUCCCAGAAGACUGGCCCUACAAGGACGCCCGAAGACUAUUCCUCGAAGCAGAGGUGCUCGACCCCGAAACUGUCGAUCUGAAAUGGGAGGCACCCGAUAUCGAGGGAUUGGUCGACUACCUCGUCCGUGAGAAGGGAUUCAAUGAGGAUCGUGUGCGAGCUGGUGCGGCAAAGCUGCAGAAGAACUUGAAGACUGCGCAGCAGGGGCGAUUGGACGGUUUCUUCAAGGUCUUGCCGAAGACGGAUGUGGAGAAGGCUUCCGCGAAACGAAAGUUGGAAGAGAAGAAUGCGGAUAAGAAGAAGAAGGCGAAGACUACGACGCCGGCGAAGAAGGGUGGGCGGCCGCCUCGUUAA